GCUCGCCAUUCUGGAAACGGCCGGGCGCUGCCUCCGUAGCGUGGCCGCCGGCUGCGAGGCGCGGGGCGGGGGCGGAGACUGCGUGGCGCAGGCGCGCUGCUGGGCUUCUCCUGGGUCCCCAGACAGCUGGAGGAGAUAAACAGAAGAGGAGGAGGGAGGGGGGUGCGUGUGUGAGAGCGCGCGAGGGAGUGUGAGUGUGUGUGAGCGCGGGUGUGAGGCGGUGCGCAGGGGCGGGCGGAGGCGCUGUCCGGCCGCGGUCAGGCGCCGGCCGAGGAGCAUGGGAAGGGGCUAGAGCUGCCCGGGCCCCCCAGCCCCUUCCCCGGGAUCCGCGGCCCCCCUCCCGGGAGAGGGGCUGGGCCCCCCCCGGACGGACAUGGGCUCCUGAAGUUGCACCGCAGCUGGUCCUGGAAAGAGGCCUGACAGGUAAUUAAAUGUGUGUCUUGUGGACCUGGGCUUGGCUGGAAUGCUCAAGGUUCCUGAAGAUCCUUCUAUAGCUUCCUUCUGUUGACCCAUUAAGAGAAGAUGGCAAAAGUCAACAUAACGAGAGACCUCAUCCAUAGGCAGAUCAAGGAACAGGGUGCCCUGAGCUUUGAACGGCGCUACCAUGUCACUGACCCCUUUAUUCGGCGACUGGGCCUAGAAGCAGAGCUGCAGGGUCACUCAGGUUGUGUCAACUGUCUGGAAUGGAAUGAGAAAGGAGACUUGCUGGCCUCUGGCUCCGAUGACCAGCACACGAUUGUGUGGGACCCACUGCACCACAAGAAGCUGCUCUCCAUGCACACAGGCCACACUGCAAAUAUCUUCUCUGUCAAGUUCCUGCCUCACGCUGGGGACCGAAUCUUGAUCACGGGGGCAGCUGACUCCAAGGUGCAUGUCCACGAUCUGACUGUAAAGGAGACCAUCCACAUGUUUGGAGACCACACAAACCGAGUGAAGCGCAUUGCCACGGCGCCUAUGUGGCCCAACACAUUCUGGAGUGCUGCUGAGGACGGGCUUAUCCGCCAGUAUGACCUUCGGGAGAACAGCAAGCACUCGGAGGUGCUGAUUGACCUGACAGAGUACUGUGGCCAGUUGGUGGAGGCCAAGUGCCUCACUGUCAACCCCCAGGAUAACAACUGCCUGGCGGUGGGGGCCAGCGGGCCCUUCGUGAGGCUGUACGAUAUUCGCAUGAUCCACAACCACAGGAAAAGCAUGAAGCAGAGUCCUUCGGCCGGUGUGCACACCUUCUGUGACCGGCAGAAGCCCCUUCCAGAUGGUGCAGCCCAGUAUUAUGUAGCAGGGCACUUGCCAGUGAAGAUGCCUGACUAUAACAACCGUCUUCGAGUGCUGGUGGCCACCUACGUGACCUUCAGCCCCAACGGCACGGAGCUGCUAGUCAACAUGGGUGGGGAGCAGGUCUAUUUGUUUGACCUGACUUACAAGCAGCGGCCGUAUACCUUCCUCUUGCCCAGAAAAUGCCAUUCCUCAGGGGAAGUUCAGAAUGGCAAGAUGGCCACCAACGGCGUGUCCAACGGCGUCUCCAAUGGCCUGCACCUCCACAGCAAUGGCUUUCGACUGCCGGAGAGUCGGGGGCAUGUCAGCCCGCAGGUAGAGCUGCCCCCAGACCUGGAGCGUGUGAAACAGCAGGCCAAUGAGGCCUUUGCCUGCCAGCAGUGGACCCAGGCCAUUCAGCUCUACAGCAAGGCUGUGCAGAGGGCCCCUCACAACGCCAUGCUCUAUGGAAAUCGAGCAGCUGCUUACAUGAAGCGCAAGUGGGAUGGCGACCACUACGACGCUCUGAGAGACUGCCUCAAGGCCAUCUCCUUGAACCCGUGCCACCUGAAGGCGCACUUCCGCCUCGCCCGCUGCCUCUUUGAGCUCAAGUACGUCGCUGAGGCCCUGGAGUGCCUGGAUGACUUCAAGGGGAAGUUCCCAGAGCAGGCCCACAGCAGUGCCUGUGAUGCUCUGGGCCGUGACAUCACCGCUGCCCUCUUCUCCAAAAAUGAUGGCGAGGAGAAGAAGGGAGCUGGUGGAGGCCCCGUCCGCCUGCGCAGCACGAGCCGCAAGGAUUCCAUCUCGGAGGACGAGAUGGUGCUGCGGGAGCGCAGCUACGACUAUCAGUUCCGCUACUGUGGCCACUGCAACAGCACCACGGAUAUCAAGGAGGCCAACUUCUUUGGCAGCAAUGCUCAGUACAUCGUCAGUGGCUCUGAUGACGGCUCCUUCUUCAUCUGGGAAAAGGAGACCACCAACCUUGUCCGCGUGCUCCGAGGGGACGAGUCCAUUGUCAACUGCCUGCAGCCACACCCCAGCUACUGCUUCCUGGCCACCAGCGGCAUCGAUCCUGUUGUGCGGCUCUGGAACCCCCGGCCAGAGAGUGAAGACCUCACAGGCCGAGUGGUGGAGGACAUGGAGGGGGCUUCCCAGGCCAACCAGAGGCGCAUGAACGCGGACCCCCUGGAGGUGAUGCUGCUCAACAUGGGCUACCAGAUCGCAGGCCUGAGCAGCGCGGGGGGUGCCGGGGCCUCGGAUGACGAGGACAGCUCUGAGGGCCAGGUGCAGUGCCGGCCCAGCUAGACCCUCCUGCUACUGGCUGGACCCUGCGCCUGGGCAGGAAGUCAGGGGGUUCUGUUUGGUUUGUCUUCCUCCCCCCUCCCCUACCCCGUUUUGUUAGUUUGGCAAUGGGGGUGGGGGUCGCUACAACUUGCUGGCUUUCAGACUUCGGGCCGGAAGCCCCUCAGUGUGCCCCUCCCACUUCCAUGUCCCUGGAGGCCCCAGCCUGAAGCUGCCUUCAGGGACCACCCGCCCCUUCAGCCGGCAGCAGGAAAGGGAGUGAACCCCCAUCAGUAAGGGCUCCCCCAGCAGCAAGGCUCGCUGCCCUGGGGCUUCAGGGAAGGCCCUGGUAAAGGACCGGGUCCUGUCCUCCCAGAGCCACAGUGUCGGGGCCGGGCCACAGGGAGGACGGGACCCCCAGCGCGGGCCAGGCCACGCCACUGCCCUGGUCACGGCAGAGCACGCAGGCCCCACGCCCGCUCUCACUGGUCACCUCUGGGGGUUCGGCCUCUUUCCAGGACCCUGGCAUGGGAGCCCACCCACCUCCAUGCCAGCUCUCCAUGUCAGCACUACAGCCACUCUCCUCUCUGGGGCGCUCCUCGGCCUCACUGUGACCUUUCUGCCAGAGCACCCAGCUGGGUCUAUCCUCAUGGAGGGGGGCUCCCCGCUAAGGGCCCUGCCACCCUCCCGCCCGCCCCACGUGCUGAGCCGCCACAAAGACCAAAGAAGUGAUGGCUUUUCUCUGUCCCCUGCUGCUCUGGGGGGAGGGGGUCUCCAGAACCACUCAGAUGGGAAGGCCCUAGCUCAGCCCCCGCCCCCUCCGCAGCCCCGAGCUUUACACUGGACGCAGCAGCAGGUCAACCCCCACUCACCAGGCCCCCCACCCGUCCCCUUGGCGCUCAGCUAGGAGCUGCGUGGUGGUGGUGGUGGGUUCAUCCUCCCGCCUCUCCCGCCCUCUCCCCCUCAGUGCUUAUUUGGCUCCAGCUCUCCAGCUGCAGCCUCUGGGGAGAAGCCGCCUCCCUCCGCCCUCCCCUUCCUCCCCCCUUCCUCCCUCCACCCCUGUCUCUGCCAGGUGCCUCCUCUCAGUCAGGCUUCAGAGCCGCCCUGGAGACAGGAGGACCAUGUUAAAAGCUUUUUCACAGUUUUAAGAAGCUGGGGGGUGAGGAGAGUGGUAGGGGCGCUGGCACCAUCUCGGCUCUGCUUUAAUCCAGACAACACAGGUGGCAGCUUCUCCCUGUCCCUCCCUACCCCAGCCCCUCUCCCCCCCUCGCCCAGCUUGGUAAUGAAGUAUAUUUAUUGGGGAAGGGAACAGCUGCUGCUGCUUCUCCUGCUGCUGGGACCUGCUCCCCUGUCUCUUCGCCGUGACCUUUCUCUAGCCAGGGAGGGGGGAGUGGGGCUGGGGCCCGGCCCCGUGGACCAGCAGAGCCCCUCCGCUUCCCUGAGUUGGAGCCACCCGCCACUUCCCCUCUCCCUGCCCCCUGCCCCCUGCCCCUGCCCGCCCAGCCCGGGCCCUGCAGUGUGGAGAGACACAUAAGCCUUACUGUCCUCUGGGGGCAGGAGCCGAGCCUUUUUGUUGCUCUGCUCCCAGGAGAGUGAGGGUGACGCAAUUGAUUAAAACAUUUUGUUCUAGGUGUG